AUGCAGGUUCGUGUUCUACGAAGUAUUGAACCUUUAACUAUGAAGGAUCUUGUAAUUGGACAAUAUGUUGCUGAUCCAAACGCUAGUCAACCACCUGCAUCAUUAUCAUACACAGACGAUCCAUCAGUUCCUGCAAACUCCAUAACUCCUACCUAUGUUUGUGCUGUGUUAUAUGUGAAAAAUGAUCGUUGGAAAGGUGUUCCGUUUAUUCUACGAGCUGGAAAAGCGUUGAAUGAACGGAAGGCUGAAGUCAGAGUUCAAUUCAAAGAACCUCAUUUUCACGUAUUUGGAACAGAGGGCGUACCGCGUAAUGAAUUAGUCCUACGCGUACAACCUGAUGAAGCAGUUUAUAUUAAAUUGAAUGUGAAAUCUCCUGGAAUGAAAAUUCAAACAGAAAUCACUGAAUUAGAUCUUACAUAUGCUAACAGAUAUAAACACAUCAAAUUGCCAGACGCCUAUGAAAGAUUAAUUUUAGAUGUAUUCUGUGGAGUUCAAACAAACUUUGUACGCAGUGAUGAACUACGUGAAGCUUGGCGUAUAUUAACACCGAUAUUGAAUCAUUUAGAAGAAAAUAAGAUCAAACCAUAUCCAUAUAUUUACGGAAGUCGAAAUGGUCCCAAAGAAGCAGAUGAUUUGUGUAAACGAGCAGGUUUCCAAUAUUCUGGCAAUUAUGUUUGGAAAUCAGUAGAUCAAGGUAGCUAA